AUGCAACAAUGCGCCAAACAACUUUUGAUUUGUAAUCACGUGAUAUAUCCGUUUAAGGAAAACCAUUUUUUCUUCCCUUUUUUUUUAUUCUGGUGUCUGGGUGAUAAACAGAUAAAAUAUCGCAUCAGUGCAUCGCAUUGUUUAUUGGCAGUCCCGUAUUCCCGUCAAAAAUUGGAAUCAUUGUCCGGGCUAUCCAUUAAAGGCAAGUGCCAAGCGAUCAAUUUCGCUUAUGACAGAAAACUCAGCCUCGUGAUUAUCUCCGUUAAGUGCAACAGAAUCUCAUUGAGAUUAGGCUCAAAUUACUGUUAUCAGUAUCACUUCAAUCUGAAUUCUAACGCAGGGGCUCAACUCAAUCUAAUGCUCAUUUCCUUCCCUAUUUUAUUGAAUUGGCGCAGCGUUUUUUUGGACCCUUUUGACAUGUGUCUUGUUCAUACCGAUAAAAUAUCACGAUGCUUGCCUCAUUUUGUAACAAAGCCACAAAUAUGA